ACCGUCCCAAAGCCUUACUUCAAUGUCACAACAGCACGGCCUCAUCACACACGUCUCCAGGGCUCCUGUCUCUGUAUACUCAUUCGCAGUGACGCCCUCCUGGGGCUGACUUGCGAGUAGGUGAAGCCGUCAGACGCGGCCUCGGCAUACACCUUACGCACAAUCCCGCGACUUGCAUGACGGUGUGUCGCGUGUUUAUAGACACUGUCGAGCACAGAAGACACCACCCCUUCCGGCAGCUCCUCAGACCGCCUGUAAUGAGUACCAGCAGCUGAGGUGGGUGCUGUGUGGCUGGUGUCGUCUGUCGCAUGGACACGCCGAAGGGAAGAGACACGCUCGUGUGGUGGAGGCUCUUCUGGUGGCGCUGACGUCUCGUGUUGCGGCUGCUGCUGCUGCUGCUGUUCCACUGCCUCCUCGCGCGUCAGGAUCUUUCCCUGACUUGCCAUUGCCACAUCAGCCGGAGACACCGCUUCAGACGCAGCCUUGGUCCAGUCUUCAUCCCCUGGCAUGUCACCUUUCUCCCCCACCGCCACACGCGCGUCUCCAACUGGCUCGGCCAGGGCCAAUGCACUGAAUCCUCCAUCGUCAGCGGCUGCUUUAGCUCCUGUCUCCCUCUCCCUCUUGCCCCGGCGUAUUGUGCCUCCUCGAGUGUGGUCGGUCUUCCUCUUGCCGUUGUUAAUCAGCUCCAUUGUCCCCUCAGCGGGGACAGCAUUGAACACACGCCUUCUUCUCUGCUGUUUCCAUCUCGGCUUUGGGGAUGUGGGUGGGAUAGGAUGGUGCGUCACUUCUCGGCCUCGUUCGUCCCGCGGUGCGUGGUGGAAGGCAAGGAUCUCGAGAGUGCAAUGGUCGUCCGGCAGAGUGACAUCGAUAGAGCGGCGGACCACAUGACGCCCAGGUCUUCUUCUCUCAAUCGUCACGGUGGCCGAGUUCAAGUUGGACUCUUCAACAGGUGCUUGAUGAGCUGUGCAUGAUGUCUCUGUGACAAAGAUGACUGCAUCAACAAGAUGAAAGAGCCCCUGUUCUUGCAGCCACGAGAUUGGCACACAACUGAGCAGCCUCUGCAGUGGAAAGAGGAGGAAAUCCCCAGACCAUGACAUGCACAGCUGGUUGCAUGCACAGCUUCCGCCAACCUGGAAUUCGUUGCAGAUGAGUGGGAGCUGUGAUUGGAUGUCGGAUGAGUAGGGUACCAUCACCAGCGUGGACAGCAUGUCGCAACACAAACGCUGAAGUUCCCCACGAAGCCCAAAUUGAUCUCUUCCACCAUUGGCUCUUGCACUGUCGAAGCGGUGGGGCAUAGGAUGCCAUGCCGUCUGCAUUGAAGUCACACUGGUCUGCGGCAGAUCAGGCGGACGGCCAGGGCGGCGAAAGCGAG